UACAUAUUAUUGUACUGUUUGAUUAUUAUAUUAUUCACUUGAUCUUGAUGUUUGUUAAUCUUGAAUGUUUUUUCAAAUGUAUAACAUAUUUUGAUCUCUUUUAAAAAAGUGCAGCGCGGUUUGUCACAAUAAAAAAACCGGAAAUAGCUGCAACUGCAACUUCCUCUGCUAAGAAUAGCAUUGAGAACGAUGACUUUGAACUCUUUAGUGACAAUUUCAGGAUAAUUUUCAUUGUUUAACAAGCGAAAAAAUGAAUGUCAAAGAUCGUCAGAAAAUUGAUUUUUACUGCGAUAUUGCAGUACGUACAAUUAAUAUAAUGAAUUUGUGGCCCAAGUUAAUAGAAAAUAAAAUUUUUAACAUCGACGAUGUCAACAUAUCCACAUGGAAAAAAAAUUUUGACAAAGAAGAAACUGUUAAAAACAUUUGGUUAACAAUUAAAACUAGAGGACCUUCUGCAUUCCAAAAUCUACUUCUGAGUUUAAGACAAAGUAAUCAUGAAGAACUGGCAGAUCAGUUAGAUGAACACACAAAAAAUAGCUUUGAAUUCAAUAACGACAAUUAUUUUUCUGAGAUAUUAUCUACUGAGAAGCAUUUAUGGAUAAAUGUGAAAAAAAGUGAUAAAUUUGCAAAUAGUCCAUAUGAUCUUAUUAAAUGUUAUCAAAUGACAAGUAAUCCUCGUGGAUUAGUUUUAAUUAUUACAAAUAUUGAUUACAAAUCUGAUCUAGAAAAACCUAGGACGUCAGCGAUACACGAUCAAAUAAAUCUUUUCCAUUUGUUUCAUCAAAUGGGAUUUUCUAUUGAAAAGCAUUGCGAUUUGACAGGACAGGAAAUUAAAGAUUGCGUUAAAUCAUUUUCAAAACGUGAAGAAUUACAAUAUGUUGAUUCGUGUUUUAUAAUUGUCAGUAGUCAUGGCAGUGGUCCUGGCAGAAAGGGCGAAGAAUAUUGUACAGAAAUAAAAGGUGUAGAUGAUGAUUACAUGGAUCAUAUGUCACAUGAACAUACAAAAGUUUUUUGUUCAGACAUUAUAGAAUGUUUCACAUCCACAGCUUGUCCUUACUUGGCAGGAAAACCAAAAGUAUUUAUUUUUCAAUUAUGUCGAGGUACCAAAACACAAACCACAACAAUAAGGAAGACAAUGCCUAAACGGGUAACUGAUUCAUCUCAAUAUUAUGUACCUAAAAACAAUUCUGACUCAAGUUCUAAAAACGAAGGAACUAGGAAUUAUUCUGACAUGUUAAUUGCAUAUGCUACACUACCAGGACAUGUUGCCUUUCGUAAUGCUGUAACUGGUAGUUGGUUUAUACUAAUAUUUUGUGAAGUAUUUAUGAAUCAUGCUUGUGAACAUCAUAUAUGUGACUUAUUCAAAAUAGUAGAUUCACGACUGAGAAAAGUGACAUCAACUGAAAAUUAUUGUCAAACAGUAUCGGUUGAAUGCAAAGGUUUUUAUAAACAUUGUUACAUCAAUCCUGGAAUUUUUGAAGAGAAAGAAGAAAAAUAACAUAAGUGCACAGUAAUAUACCAGGAUUUAAUUAUCCCAGUUUUAUAUUUACAUACCUGAUCACCAGUUUUACCAUUGCUGUUAAUGAAGGCGAUGACCAAGUUUUAUAACUAGUAAAGUUUAAAAUAUCUUUCUUUUAGACUAUACAUUAAUCUUAAUUUAAAGCAAUUCUUAAAAUUAAUGUGUCUUUUGAUUUUGUUCUUCAUAGAUCGGCGACAUUUAUGCUGUCAUAAGAGAUUAAAUUAUCUUCUGGUAACAAGAUGUACAGUGAAUAAGGAAAAGAGAGGUAUCACCGAGUAAUUUACAAAAUACCUUAUGGUUUCUCCAUGCAGGGAAUAAUAGAAAAUAAUAUUUUUGCUUUGAAAGAGCAAAUUUUGGAAGAAAUAGAAAUGUGUCAAAUGUUUUCGAGAUAUUUCAGCCUGAAUCAUGUUAUAGAAUUUGUAAUUUAAAAAGUAGUAGUAAAGUAGAUAUAUUCAUUGCAAUGAAAGUAGUAAUAGCAAUUACUUCGAGCAUUUAUUAUAAUAGUAUAAUAUAUAUAUAUAUAAAUCUUUUUUUUAUUAUAGAUAAUAACUUAGAUUUUUGAUAAACUAACUUAUGCAUUUAUAUUUUGAUAUUAAGUUGUAAAACAUAAGAAAAGUUACCUGUACAGUAUAAUGUUUCCUAUAAGAAGCAUAUAUAUAUAUAUAUAUAUAUUUUAUACGGAUUUGUAAAAGAAAAAGAUAAAUAAAAAAAAAAAAAAAUACUUUAUAUCUAUGAACAAUUUAAUCGUAAGCUUUUAUCUAUAUAAUGUUAUGCUUCAUUCGGUGAUUAAACUUAAUUGGCAUGUUCUUAUGCAUGACAAAUUUUCAAUUAUAAUUUUAAUAAAGAAACUUUGUUACGAGCAAUUUAUACGUUUUAACUAGCGCAAAUAAAAUCAACCAAACAAAUUGAUAUAUCAGUAGUUAGGAAUAGAAUGAAAUGACAUGCUUGUUAAAGCAUUAAAUUUGGAUGCAAUACGGUUCGACACAAAAUACAAUUUCAAAAAUGUAGUUACGACUUGAAAUUCAAACAAGUUUCUUGUGACGAUCAAUUUACGAGUGCUAGUUAUAAAAACAAAAUAUUCCAAUAUGUGGAAUUUGUUCUUUUCUAUUAUCUUUGUUCCUUUGAUUUUGUUAAUUAUUUCCCUAUCAAAUAAUGUCAAAUCAUUUCCAAUGAAUGACUCUCAAAAUAUAAAAUCAAAUACAACGGUUCAAACUACUAUUAGUUAUAGACGUGAGUAUUAUAAGAAAUAUAGUAUAGAUAUAUUGAUGUUUAUAGCAACUGUAGAACUAUAUUUAAAAAUAUCAUUUGACUUUUAUUCAAGUUGAUACUUGGUCACAAUAUGAUAAUCCUGAGGAAGGUACGCAUCAAGAGGGUGAUAUUAAAAUAUCAAAUACUCGAAAAACAUUUACAGCAUUUAAAGAUAAAUUGUGGCCAAAUGGAAUUGUGUACUACACUGUAGAUGAACUUAUUG